AUGGACGUUCACGUUGCAGAUGGAACAAGAAAUGGUGAGGCGACUAUUGCAGAACAAUUGGAAUCGCCUCUCCUUGAGGCUGCACCAAAACCACCCAAAACCCCGGCGCAAAAGGGCAUCCGUAAAGCCUUCAAGGGAACAGCCCAUUUGUCGAAUCUUCUCCCCACAGGCUCUGUCCUGACAUUCCAAUUCUUGUCCCCAGUUGUAACGCACGAAGGAAAAUGCAAAUCUUUCGUCAGCCAAUCCGUUACAUCAUGUGUUCUUGCUCUUUGCGCCGUUUCCUGUUUUCUCUUGUGCUUUACCGACAGUUUCAGGGACGACCGAGGAAAGGUCAGGUACGGAUUAGCCACAUUCCGUAGCCUGUGGGUGAUUGAUGGAUCAAAAACAUUUCCACCACAAGAUGCAGACAAAUAUAGGCUAAAGUUCAUAGAUUUUGUCCAUGCAUUCAUGUCGAUUCUUGUUUUCGGGGCGGUGGCAAUGUUCGAUAAGAAUGUGAUCAAUUGUUUCUAUCCAUCACCAUCAGAAGAAGCCCUUGAGAUUCUUAAAGCAUUGCCUAUAACCAUUGGGGUAGUUUGCAGCAUUUUGUUCAUUGUUUUCCCUUCCAAACGGCACGGAGUUGGCUUCCCUCUCUCGCGCAAUUAG